CGCCCGCUACCGCCACCACCGAUGCUAUUUGUCAAGUUUAAGCCUAGUCAAUUGUCAUUUGAUGUGUUUGACUGUCGUUUGACAUAAGUGCCUUCGUCUUCGGUUUGUUACAUUUUAUUUCUUGAUUAUCUUUAACCUAAAAUGUCGUACGGUGCUUGGGAAGUUGUCGGUAAGAACAAGAAAGAAAAGUCUAUCGGAAAACCAGCGAAGUUGUCUAAAGCUGAGAAGAAAAAGUUUAUGGAAACCGCGCCGAAACUUGAAGAUUUCCUUCCACUAGACCAGGUCAAGACACUUUUUAAUUCCUUGGACAGUAACAAGGAAAAUAAAAAACCAGUUAAGGAGAAAGAGAAAAAGACUAAGGAAAAUGAAGAGAAAAAAAAGCAACAAAAACAAAAGCAGCAACAACAGCAAAUAGAUAAAAAAAAAUCAGAGCCUAAAGAGAAACCUCCAAAGUCUAUUGAAGGUGCAUUGAAUGCGAUUUCCAUUGAAGAGCUGAAAAAUAUUCUAGCUGCAAACCAAGCUAGAUUUCCAGAUGCACCUCUUGUAUGGCUCAAAGAUAUUUUGGCAUAUUUAUGCGUGAAAAUUCCAAUUGAAUCAAAUGAUCCAACAUUUGGGAGCAAGUCUGUUGAUUAUCCUUUAUGUGCUGUUCCCAACACAAUUCGUUCCGUAUUGGAAAGUGCUAUUAAUCAAGCCGGAAGCAAAACUGUUCAAAUCUUCUAUGAGAAUAUAUUAACUGCAAUGGCCAAUGAUAUGGUUAAAGGAACACCAGUGGUCGGACACAAAAUAUUCUCCCAAUUUCUGGCAUUCCAAAAUCCUGAAACUGUGGUUUCAAAUAUUGUCAAGUUAAUCACCCUGAGAAACUCUUACCAGAAUAGAAAACCGAUUGGUUUGUCUUUACUGUGGGCCAUGGCGCAAGGAGGUCAAAAAAAUUUAAAUAUUGGUUUGAAGAUAUGGCAUGAAGUAAUGGCGCCUAUGUUGGAAAUGAAGAAUUAUGCUAGCUACGUAAUACAGAUUUUAGAACGAUUCGUAUUUUUACACAACUCGUCGUCUAGCUUGAACUCUGAAUUAUACCUAAGUAUUAUCGAUGAUGUGUAUAGUGGUAAAUACAACAUACCAACUAGCAUAGAAAAGGAUCUCAGUGGUCCUCUCAACAAGCUAAGGAUUAUAACUUUCAGAAAUAAAGAUACUAGGUAUCAAGUGCUGUUUCAAACUUUAAUGAAAAAGCUGACGUUUGCUACACCUGCAAAUUACAAAGCAGAAAUUUUGACAGCACUUGUGUCUUGUCUAAGUGCUGAUGUACAGUGUUACAGUACCUGGCGAUCAAACUACACAAAAUAUUUGUACCAAUCGAGUCUCCUGCUGAAACAUCUCAAUACAAACUGGGCACAAAUUUCUUCAGCUAUAAAAGUAAAACUUCUCCGGGAUACAGUUCUGACUUUUUAUGUGACAAACGAGGAAUUAGGAAAGGCCAAAAGAAAAGAGGAACAUCUCAAUUCAUGUGUGAAGGAAUGCAAGACUUUGCUUGAGAAGAUGACGGCAUCAAAGAGUUGGUUCCCUUGGAAAAAAGGAAGUGUACUGCUUUUGCUUUUGAUUGGUUCAAUUUUGGCACUCGAUACACAGAAACAUGGCUCAUUCCAAGCUUCCAGUACUAACAGCUUCCUAACAGAGAGCGGUAUCUCAGCUUAUGGAGAGCAUGCUUGGAGUAGAGUUAAGUUAUAUUCUUCCAAGAGUUUGGAAUUCCUCGAAGCUAGUGCUCCAGAAUAUUAUAAAGCAGUCGUCGACUUUUCAACACCCUACAUUAAAUUGGCAGGAGAUUUGUGCCUUAUAGGAAAGAAUGCGUCUCUCAAAUUUUACUAUAAUUUUAUAGCGUAUGCACAUCAAAAAGGGCCCGUUGUUGUGGCAACAAUCAAUCAUUAUGCACCAGGUCUCUUGGAUAACAUACAAAAACAGAGCGUUAUAGCGGUAGAAGCCAUAAAAUCAUAUUCUGCACUAGCCAGUGAUCAAGCCAACAUUCUUGUUGGACAUUUGAACUCCGAAAACUUACGAAAAUAUACAUCACAAGCCAUCAAUACGACGCAGACUUUUGCAAGUCAAACUUACAACUGGGUGUAUGAAAAGGUUCAAACGUUGUCCAAAGUUCACUGAAUUCCGAAGGUAAAGAGUGCAUUGUCAAUAAAUAAAAAAAAUUCCAUUCCCAUUUAAAAUACUGUUUUGGUCAUCCAAAUGCAGUAGGGAUCAGCAUUUAUGUUCGGAUGGAAAGUGCGAGAAAAUAUAUAUGAUUUGAAAAGCUGACGAUAUAAGCAAUUUUAAUAUAAGGUCUCUUAUAAAAAGAUUUGCUUCAUUUUUUUUUUGUUAAAAUUUCACUGGUGUAAGGUGUGCCGAAUUAAUCUUUAAUUUUAAAUAAGUAUUGAAUAGAUUAAACUCUGUGCUAUUUAUCGGAUGCUAAAUUUGCAACAUCUUGAGUCAUUGAUAUUUAUGGCACACCUUAUUCAUGGUCUCUGUCGACUUAGAGAUUUGUAUUUUGAGGGAUUUCUCAUAGUUGAUGAUCAAGAACUUAUAAAUUUGUAAGCUGUGAUUAAAAAACCGAAGAAUACGGAUGAGUGAAAGCCAGAGGUGGAGUGUUUAAAACGAAUCGAAGUAACUUGCAAGUUAGUGACGAAUCUGUAGAUUCAUUUUCACAUUGGAAUUCCAGUAAGUUCAGGGGGAUGGACUGUUGACUUUUCUAUGAAUAUGUUGCAGCGGUGAUUAUCAAAUUAACUCAGUAAGUAAAUAAUGUUUGAUGAGUUGAAAGAACAAAACAAACAACACAGAACAAAAUCAACCUUUAGAGAGUAUUGAAUUGAAUAUUGUCGACAGCAUUGAUUCCUUUAUCUAGAGCUGCUAUGGGCUGUUCUAGUGUAUGAUGUAUUUCCAUUUAUAAUGAUUCGUUUGGUUCUUCCUAUGACCUUUUUUUUUAAUGAAUAAAUCUUUAGAAUUUGAUUGAUGUUUAUAAUUGAAUAUCAUUCUAGAAUGAUGUUAAAGAUUGUAUAAUAAUGAAUAAGCAGCGUAGUACUGAAGUGGUGCGUACAAAAAAAAAAAAUUAUAAUAAUUUAGUAAGGGUAUCUCAGAAGUUUCAAUCCUCGUAAAAAAUAACAAAAAAAAAAAAAAACAAAUAGAUCUUCAUACAUCACAUAUUCAGAUACAAUCUUCUGUUCAUCUGUCAUUUGGUGAAUGUAUUCCUUGGAUAUUGUGAGCAUUUUUUCAUGAGUUGAAUCAUCCAUCAUUUAAGAUUCAAGUUGAGGUUCCCUUCGAUAUUGAAUUUAGAGAACAGACUUAGAGAGCAGUGAUGUAUUAAGUUUAGACGUAAAUAAAUAAAAUAAGUUACGUUUAUUACCAUA